CGCUCGUACUUGUAAAGUGAUGACACUGCAGCGAUUGCAGAUGCAACCGGACCUCGUUCUGUUGUGUUUGGCUGUUGUAAUAGCGUCGUAAAAUAGCGUAAACAAUCACCUUCCGCGACCUCUCAGCUCAACAGCCGACUUUCAAGCAGUUUCAUCAGCCUGUGGAUCUAUUUAGAAUGCAGAAUUUCCACCUUCUUGUGCAAUAAGGAGCGAUGGAUCUUUGCGAGGUUUCUUCUCUCCAGCAGACGGUUUGUUGUUCGACCAUGUUACGAACACUAAUAAUGCACCUAAUCAAUACAUACAGGUUACUGUCUAUAGCAUGUUGAGGUGCUUCUAGUCGUGUUCUUGUCGUCUUGAAGUCGUGUAUUAGUCGUGGAACCUGCUGCUUUGUGUUUGCGUGUUGUACUUCAAGGAGUUUUCCACAAGGAUCUUGAUUGCUACGUGGAACGACCCAGAGAACUGUGUUAUUCCAGCUGGACAGCCAGUACAAGAUUUCAUAAUUUUACACAACUGACCUUAACAAAAUCAGCGCAUCUUCGAGUCUUAAGGAACAGCUGGAAGCCAAGAACUCUCUUCAAGAAAAAAAAUCGACUCAACUGAGGGUACGAAAAACAAGUCCAGAGCAUCUGGUCCAUUCCAUCUGCUAGUUAAUCAGUUAUCAAUUAGAUCUGGACCUUGUAACCCACUGAAACAAUAGGGUUUGGUAAGUAAACGAGGUUAAAGUAUUUAAAAAAAAAAGAACAGGUAAGAGUCUGAGACAAGAUGGCGUCGGCGGUCGACAUGCCGUUGGACGCGGCGAACGUUGCGGUGUCGAGCGAUGAUGAUGAUAUGGUGAUGGGUCAGGACGGGGACAACUUCUUCGCUCAAGAUGUCGCAGAGAUGACCAACGGGGGAGUGGUCAGCGGCAUCCCGGCAAAGAAGUUGCUGGUUGCCCCUGACGACGACACCCUGGGUAUCCUGCUGAACCAGCUCCAGGCCAGACUGAUGGAGGGGCAGGGAGAAACCAUCUGGGAGAUCGGAAAACCAGAAGACGGUGAUGACGUAGGGCUGACAGAAGCUGAGCUGAAGGCGUCGGAGGACACCCUGCGGAAGCUGGCGGACUCCAUCGACGCGGUGGUCACUCCGCUCCGGCAGCGGCAGCUCGGCUCAGGGUACAUGACGGAGUACCUCAUCAGGAAGAGGGUCGACGAGGAAGACUUCAUGGAAGUCAGAGUUGCAGUGGUGGGAAAUGUGGACGCUGGGAAGAGCACGUUGCUAGGAGUGCUGACGCACGGCGAGCUGGACAACGGGCGUGGCGUGGCGCGGCAGAAGCUGUUCCGCCACAAACACGAGAUCGAGUCCGGGCGGACCAGCAGCGUCGGAAACGACAUCCUGGGCUUUGAUAGUGACGGGAACGUGGUCAACAAACCGGACACACACGGUGGAAGCCUCGAUUGGAUCAAGAUUUGCCAGGAGUCCAACAAGGUCAUCACCUUCAUCGACCUUGCCGGCCACGAGCGCUACCUGAAGACCACCAUAUUUGGUAUGACUGGGCACGCUCCAGACUUCUGCAUGCUUAUGGUUGGCAGUAAUGCAGGUAUCAUCGGCAUGACCAAAGAGCACCUGGGUCUGGCCCUGGCGCUGAACGUUCCCGUUUUCGUGGUGGUGACAAAGAUAGACAUGGUUGGCAGUAAUGCAGGUAUCAUCGGCAUGACCAAAGAGCACCUGGGUCUGGCCCUGGCCCUGAACGUUCCUGUUUUCGUGGUGGUGACAAAGAUAGACAUGUGCCCUCCCAACGUCCUCCUGGACACCCUGAAGCUGCUGCAGAGAUUACUGAAGUCUCCCGGCUGCCGCAAGAUCCCCGUCCUCGUCUCCAACAAGGACGACGUCAUCACAUCAGCCACCAACUUCACAUCAGAAAGGGUGUGUCCCAUCUUCCAGGUGUCUAACGUGACAGGUGAGAACCUGGACCUGCUGAAGAUGUUCCUGAACCUGCUGUCAGGUCGGAUGAGCUACGACGAGCACGAGCCGUCAGAGUUCCAGAUAGACGACACCUACUCAGUACCAGGAGUGGGAACAGUGGUGUCGGGAACCUGUCUACGCGGGGUGAUCCGGCUCAACGACACGGUACUGCUGGGACCCGACCCCCUCGGGCAGUUCCAACCGGUUCCCGUCAAGAGCAUCCACAGGAAGAGGAUGCCGGUCAAGGAAGUCCGCGGCGGCCAGACUGCAUCCUUCGCUCUCAAGAAGAUCAAGCGGUCUUCUAUCCGUAAGGGCAUGGUGAUGGUGUCACCUGACCUGCACCCACAGGCAUGCUGGGAGUUUGAGGGGGAGAUUCUGGUGCUGCAUCACCCAACAACCAUCAGUCCUCGCUACCAGGCCAUGGUUCACGUUGGAAGUAUACGGCAGACAGCGACCAUCAUCACCAUGAGUAGAGACUGCCUGCGUACCGGGGACAAAGCUCAGGUUCGCUUCAGAUUCAUCAAGAACCCAGAAUACCUGCACGCCGACUGUCGUAUGGUGUUCCGCGAGGGCAGAACAAAAGCUGUGGGGACAGUCACAAAGAUCUAUCCCCACGUGUCAGCCAUGGCCCAGACCUCACGCCAGAAGCCGGGCAAGCAUCACCACGGACACCACUCCAAGCACAAGGCCCAGGGUGGUACCGGAGGGGGAGGGGGUGGUACCGGAGGGGGUGGCACUCCUGCAGGGGGGUCGGGGACAGGAACGGGGGCAGGGGGUGGGGCCAAGAAGGCGGUCACCCCCGUAGGUAGUAAUGAGCCAAUCCCGCUCGAGAAGAGAAUAAAGCACGCCCCGACUACUGGUAACAAGCAUCUAGGGACCCACGGGGAGGUGUGAGUGGUCUGUAGCACUGAAAAUUUUGUCUCGUAUAAACAAUUGUUGCCAUUGGAAACAUUUCAACUAUAGGGUAUAAGUGUUAAAAGAAACAAGUGAGGAAAGUAAGUGUCCAAGCUUGGGUUUGAACUCAGUUGGAAAAUCGUAAUUCUAAAACCCAAAUUCUCUAUGCCACGAAAUAUCACAAAGCGUAUUCACAAAGCGUGCUGAUAUAAAGUGUGCUGUUGUGGGAUAUGGCAUUGUUUCCAAUGGCAAUGACUGUAUACAAGAAGGCAGCACCUAAGUAUGCUAGUGUAGGAUGGAAAGUAUGGGGGAGGGGGGCAGCUAGUGUCAUUUUACUCCCAGAAACAUGGAAUUGCCUGUCACCUUGGUUUGCUACUUCUCAAAAACCUUACAUUCAAGAAAACCCUGCAAAACUUGCGCCAAAACCAUUUAUGUAUUCAGAUGUGGUACCUGCCAUGGUUAAUGCAAGACUGUAAGAGCUAGGAUGUUGAUCGAAAUUUGCUACAAUGGCAGCUUUAUACCUUGUAGAAUCUGUAUUAUCCUUUCAUUGUUAAGCUAGGGUGUAGUGACAGUUCUUACUGAUAUAGAGAGGUAGGGGGUGGGGGUUCCUGUAGUAGUUUUUAGCCAAACAGUAUAGCUUAGGAGAAAACCUGUCCGUGUUAGUUUAGGCUCUAGUUGUGGAGGGAACUAGUUGGAAAAUGUGUCGUAGCAGCUGAUUGGUGGGUUCAAACAACGGUCCUGAUUGGUCCAGGUCAUCGAGUAGAUCAAGUGCAUAAUUUUUUUAGUGCCAGCUUAGUGGGUAGGGAAGCAUGUGUGUGCCUGUCCAUUUUAGAAUUUUAGACCGU